AUGUUCCUUCGGACAGUCGCGAAGCUUGAGACUUUGGCUCAGUCUUCCCUCGAUUGCUCGAAACUCGCGAGGCUGGCCUCCUUUUCUACUACUCGCGCCCAGCGUAAUGACGUUUCUCGUGUUGAACAGCCAGAAAUUAAGGUGCUUGAUAUCCCGCUGAAAGCUGCGAACGGGGCCCGUUUAUCGGGGGAACAAUUCCUUGGCCGCGUCCGCGAGAGUUUGGGCGUCAACGACAAAGACGAUUGGGCGCUGUCUUCAAAAGAUGUCACGGCGCUUGCCAAUGAAUAUGAUGCGGCCCUAACGGAUGCCGCCGAUCUCAAGGACAAAUAUCAGCGGGCUCUGGCUGAGGUUGAGAAUGUUCGUCGGCGCGGUGUUAAACAGACGGAGGAUGCGAAGUCAUUUGCCAUCCAGGGCUUCUGCAAGGAUAUGUUGGAGGUGGCGGACAUUCUCGACCUUGCCGUGAACAGUGUGCCGAAGGAGGAGCUGAACAAGGAGCACAAGGCUUUCAAAGAUCUCUACAGUGGCAUCUCGAUGACGAAGACUGUCCUGCUCAAGACGUUCGCAAGCCACGGGCUUAGCCCCAUCGACCCCACCGGCCAGAAGUUUGAUCCGAAUCUGCACGAGGCUAUCUGCGAGUUGCCGGCCCAGCAGACUGGCGCCCAGCCGGGCCACGUCGUCCAAGUCGCUAAAAUCGGAUAUCAAUUAAAGGGUCGGCCGAUCCGCGCCGCCCAAGUUGUUGUUGCCAAGAGCGAUGAC